AUGUCGCACUCCACUCUAGUAGUUGAGCGUUUCGUACCUUUGCUGACAUCUCUACCUCUGGCUACACUACGAUCUUCACAAUGGCGCCGCGGCCUUCCGAAGUUGAAGUCUUAUUCAUUUCCGCGAGCAAGCUCUACAAAUACUCAAGGUCGCAUCAAGUACAACUGGAUCCCGCGCGUGGAGCCACUGGAGGAUUAUGAGCCCGGAGGCUAUCAUCCCAUUAUGGUCGGGGACAUGCUCCAUAACCGAUAUCACAUUACAGACAAACUCGGCUAUGGGGGCUACUCGACUGUUUGGCUUGCCCGUGACAUGCACAUGAAGCAAUACGUUGCUGUGAAGGUUAACAUAGCAUCCUCGCCUCUACGCGAGACGAAGGUUCUCAAGGCUCUGUCUACACCCUUGAGGCCGAAUUUGUCUCAACAUGCUGGGUGUGGCUUAGUCGCUAAUUUACUAGAUGAAUUCGAAGUGCAAGGCCCUAAUGGAACGCACACAUGUUACGCGGUUACAUUAGCUGCGUGCAGUCUGAGGGAUGUCUCUCAGAAUCGUCUUUUCUCCUUGGAAGUUGCUCGAGCGCUGUCAUAUGGCCUUGUUCAGGCCGUGGCAUACAUGCAUUCCCGCGGCUAUGUCCAUGGAGACGUUCGUUUAGACAACGUUCUGCUUAAGCUCCCCUCCAGUUUUGAUAACCUUUCCAUUGAACAGCUAUAUAAGAGAUAUGGCGAACCCGAGACAGUCCCUAUAACGCGAGAAAGUGGGGAGUCGCUUCCCCCAAAUGUCCCGGCUAAGGCAGUUGAACCACUAUGUCUCGGGAAAUCAUCAGAUAAGAUGACACUUCCUGAGGCUCGCAUACUUUUAAGUGACUUCGGUGAGGCUUUUGCCCCAGCCUCGGAAGUCCGACUUGGGAAAGACUGCCACAUUCCACCAGCUUUCCGAGCCCCCGAAGCAAUGUUCAAACCGGACGCUCCCCUUCUGUAUCCCUCUGAUAUUUGGAGCCUAGCUACGACAAUCUGGGACAUUGUCGGGAUGAAGUCUCUGUUUAGCUCGGAGUUUGCGACGGAAGACAAUGUGAUAUCUCAGCAUAUCGACGUCCUGGGGCCGAUGCCCCCGGAUUGGUGGGUGCGUUGGGAGGGACGGAGUCAGUUCUUCUCUGACGAUGGCCAGUCCACCGAGUAUCACCAAACAAAUAAAUGGACUCCGCUGGAUAAGAGAUUCGAGCACUGCGUACAGAAGUGGCGACGGAAAAAGGGAAGCGAGCUUGGGGAAGAGGAAACGGCAGCGUUUCUAGACCUGAUGCGCCGGAUGCUGGUUUUCCGGUCGGAAAACCGACUGAAUGCCGAUGAAGUGCUUCAGUCAAAGUGGAUGGUCAAGUGGGCAUUGCCGGAUUAUGAACGGAGUUUGAAAUCUCCUGUUGUGGCCUGA